AUGAGCAGAAGAAUCAAGAAUCUCUCGAUUUCAGUGCCGAUCCUAUACGGUAAUAAUGCGUACAAACUUGCUCCAGAACAGCGUACUUCAAGAACACCUCCAGACCACACUCAUAUAUGGACUGUGUUUUUGAAACCAGUGUUAGAAGAUGUCGACUUGACACCAUUAAUCAAAAAAGUGACAUUCAAAUUGCAUGAUACUUACGAUACACCUGUUCGAACUGUAGAAUACCCACCUUAUGAGGUCACGGAAACCGGAUGGGGAGAAUUCGAAAUCAUCAUCAAGAUACAUUUCCAUCCUGGAGCCGAGUUGGGAAUCAAUGAAAAGAACUUUCAAAUUUUCCAUGCUUUAAAACUCCAUCCCUUCAAUCCACAACAGCCGAAACGUGAAAAUGGAGAAGUUCAUUCCGUGCUUUUUGACGAACUUGUGUUUAUGGAGCCUACAGAAAAGGUGUUUGAAAUUCUCACACAAAAACCAGUAAACAUGCUUCCAUACGAAUUGAAAGAUCCCGAAAAGCGAGAUCAAGAAUAUAUCCGCUCUGAUGAAACUGACGAGCUCGGAAGGCUCGAAUUGUACUGUAACAAGGUAAAGGAUGAGAUAGAAAACCAGAGGAAUGAAUACAAAGAUCUCGAACAAGAAAAGGUGGCCUUGUUACAAUGA